AUGCCUUAUCAUACAUUAAACGGCGUUGAAAGGGCAUCGGCAGGCGAAACACCAGGAGGCUUAGCGCCGGCUGAACCACAAACUGGACCUGAUGGAGAGAUCAUCGGUGGACCACGCACGCCACAACAAAUUGCGGCACAGCGUAGGCUACAACAAACGCAGGCUCAAGUUGAUGAGGUAGUAGACAUCAUGAAGACUAAUGUUGAAAAGGUAUUAGACCGGGAUGCAAAAUUAUCAGAAUUGGACGACAGAGCAAAUGCUCUUCAACAAGGCGCUUCACAGUUCGAGCAGCAAGCGAAGAGCUUGAAAAAUAAAUUUUGGCUGGAAAACUUAAAGAUGAUGAUAAUCAUGGGUGUAAUCGGGCUUGUUAUUAUUGGACUAUUGUUUGUUCGGUAUCGCGGCACGCCGACUAUGACUGGCAUUACUGCAGGCGCAUCCGGCAAUAGCACUCUGCCAUCUAUUUCUAAGGAUUGUGAGUAA